AGUGACUCGGAGUUCUCCGGGAGCCAGCGCCAGGCCGGGGGCCCCCCCCCCCGCCCGCCUCUUGGCCCGGACGGUCCGGCGGGGAGGCGCCCAUGCCGGACCGCGCGGCGCGCUGAGGGCGCGCGCGGGCGGGCGCAACCGGCACCAUGUCUAUGCUACCCACCUUCGGCUUCACGCAGGAGCAAGUGGCGUGCGUGUGCGAGGUGCUGCAACAGGGCGGCAACAUCGAGCGACUGGGCCGCUUCCUGUGGUCUCUGCCCGCCUGCGAGCACCUCCACAAGAAUGAAAGCGUGCUCAAGGCCAAGGCGGUGGUGGCCUUCCACCGCGGCAACUUCCGCGAGCUCUACAAGAUCCUGGAGAGCCAUCAGUUCUCGCCGCACAACCACGCCAAGCUGCAGCAGCUGUGGCUCAAGGCGCACUAUAUCGAGGCGGAGAAGCUGCGCGGCCGGCCCCUGGGCGCUGUGGGCAAGUACCGAGUGCGCCGCAAGUUUCCCCUGCCGCGCUCCAUCUGGGACGGCGAGGAGACCAGCUACUGCUUCAAGGAAAAGAGUCGAAGCGUGCUGCGCGAGUGGUACGCUCACAACCCCUACCCCUCACCCCGCGAGAAGCGCGAGCUGGCGGAAGCCACGGGCCUCACCACCACGCAGGUCAGCAACUGGUUCAAGAACCGGCGGCAGCGCGACCGGGCGGCCGAGGCCAAGGAAAGGUACGAGGAGAACAGCGAGAACUCCAACUCCAACAGCCACAAUCCGCUGGCUGCGUCGCUGAACGGCAGUGGCAAGUCUGUGCUAGGCAGCUCGGAGGACGAGAAGACGCCGUCGGGGACGCCAGACCACUCGUCGUCCAGCCCCGCGCUGCUGCUCAGCCCGCCGCCGCCACCCGGGCUGCCGUCCCUGCACAGCCUGGGCCACCCUCCGGGCCCCAGCGCCGUGCCCGUGCCUGUGCCGGGGGGAGGCGGCUCGGACCCACUGCAGCAUCACCACAGCCUGCAGGACUCCAUCCUCAACCCCAUGUCGGCCAACCUCGUGGACCUGGGCUCCUAGAGCCCCGCCUGCCUCGACGCGCUUGCCUUCUGGGCUGGUCGCUCGGGACCUGAGAAGGACCGUGUCCGGAGGGCGCCCCGCGCCGGCGGCCCCACCAGGUACUGGAAGACCCGCGCGCUGAGCGGGCAGAACUGCCGGCCCGGGUAGGGCGGAUGGCUCUCUGGUUUAGUCUUUGUUCGGGAUUUAUUUUCAACAAGUUGCUUCUUUUGAGAUCCUUUGGAGGCCUGGGACCGGGUCUUGAACCAGGGAAGGGAAUAAAUUAUACACCAUUCUCCUA